UUCUGGGUCUGUCAUUGUCAGCUAUGUUAUUGUCACUGUCAUAUAUGUUGUGAUCGCUUUGUUAUUUUUUUUAAUUACAUUAUGACGAUAGAAAAUUACAGAAUAUUAAAUCAAAUUACCCCUUUCUUCUAUUCCAACUAAAUUAUUAUGAAGGACAAAAUGUAUAGAUUGAUGUUACUUAGACGUAGAUAUUGUAAGCGAGGGAUUUGCGCGAUCCUCGUGUUUGUAGCGUGUUUUUAUGUUUACAUCUUAUUAUUUGGUAACUUAAAGUCCCCUCAAAUAAUUAAUCUCACUGAUUUACACCGCUGUCCCGCUUGCUACGGUGUAUCAAUAUGCCCUGAAUUGUAUUCCAAUCAGAUAAGUCUUCAAACUGACGGUCACUGGUCACUUGUAUUUAAUGCUAAAAAUAUUUAUUACGGUUCCACAAGAUCCAAUAGGAAAGUUAUUUUGAAGAAACUGGCCCAUAAUUGGGAAUUAAAUGAGUUUGAUUCUAAUUUAUGCAAGAAAUGGAACAUGGAGGAAAAUUGUAAACCAAUUCAACUUAUAAAUACAACCAAUAUUGAUGACAAAAUCAUUAGUAUUGUAGAGUACAAUUUCACUUGGCCCGAUUCUGAACCACGUAAAGGGCUUGUGCUGUGUCCAUAUGCAUAUAGCAUACAUGAUCUUAUAAAACCUCUCAUUGAUAGUAAGAAAUUAAAUAAUAAAUCUGAAAAGUUGAAUAUAUGGACAAUGCUCAGUAUUAAUCCAGAACCUAUUAUUUUACAGUUACUCCCGAAGGCUCACAGUUGGCCUGUACCGGCUUAUGCUGGUGUGUGUGGAAGACUAGAGGUGGUUGCAUAUGAAGGAGUACCCAUUUCAUCUUUAACACAUAUUGAAUGGCGUAGAAAACUGAAGAUUGCUAAAAAGAUUCUGGAUGCAGCAAUGGAUUUUACAUUUAAACAUGAUAGGUUCCGCUUUUAUCUAAUGGAUUGGUCACUAGAUAACAUAGUUGCAAAUGAAAAGGAUGAGAUUUCGUUUGUUGAUUUAGAAGAUGUUAUUGUACUUGAUAAGCAUAUAUCACCGAGAAAAGACUUACCAGAUUGGUACCAACGUUAUAACAGAGAACUUAUUGGACCUGGGUUCACAUUUUCAAUUGAAAACAUGUGCAAACAUCAUUUGAGUGAUCAUAAUUUGUGGGCAGCUUGUUAUAUAAUCGGAGGAGAGGAUAAUCCGUUGCUCUAUCCUAUACCAAAAAGUAUCAAUGCCACACGACCACAUUUAGACAAGUUGUUAAUUGAAUGUCUAAAUAGUGAUGAUAGAUUUAAAACUCUAGCUAAGAUUCAACAUUAUAUUAAUGAUAUGUUGACGGAUGAAAAAUUAUUUGGAUCUGCUUCAGUUAGGUGAUAAUACACUUUUAAAUUAAAUGACAAAUGCAUUGCUCUAAUAGGUAUUUGCCUAACUCCAAAAAGUGUAAUGAAAAUGAGGGAUGGGAGUUUCUUAUGAUCGCUUAUCUUAAAAUAUUUAGAUAUCUUCUGGAUGUGUAUGGGAAUGAACUAGUUUUGUAAGGAUCAUUGCACCUACUAUGUCGUUAAGUAUAAUUUGGUAAAUAUA